CGCGGGCGGCGUGUCCGCUGUGCCGCCAUGGCAGCGCUGCCCGGUGCCGCGGCCCCGCGGCUGCUCCUCAUCCCUAGCAAAGCGGCCGAGGCUCCCAGCGCCGCGGCUGCCCGGCAUCUGUCCGUUGUCCUGCCGGCAGGAGCCGACCCCGGCCUCCCGGGGAUGGACACCGCGCAGCCGGCCCGCAAGCGGCAGCGGCUCACGCAUCUGAGCCCGGAGGAGAAGGCGCUGCGCAGGAAGCUGAAGAACCGCGUGGCGGCCCAGAGUGCCCGCGACAGGAAGAAGGCGCGGAUGACAGAGCUGGAGCAGCAGGUGGUGGAGCUGGAGGAGGAGAACCAGAAGCUACUGCGGGAGAAUCAGCUCUUGCGGGAAAGGACGUGUGACCUCGCGAGGGAGAACCAGGAGCUCCGCUGCCGCCUUGGUUUGGACGCUCUGAAGACGGAGGAGGAGGAGGGUGACGAGUUCCAGGUUGUGAAGGAAUCCCAGGUGGAUGAGAUCAGAUUGGUGACCGGGUCCGCUGAGUCCGCAGCACUCAGACUACGUGUUCCUCUGCAGCAGGUGCAGGCCCAGCAGUCACCAUUUCUGAUAGUUUCCACAUGGAUUCUGAUGGCAGUGACUCUUCAGACUCUGAGUCUGAUGUCCUAUUGGGCUUUCUGGACAGUCUGGACCCAGAGUUGUUUCUCAAAUAUGCUGAUUCAGAGUCAACGUGCCUGGAAAAGCUGGAGGAAGAGAUCUCUGGAGAAACAAAUUCCAUACCAGCCACCCUCUCUCCCUCUUUGGGGUCCCCAUCAGCCAAGCUGGAAGCCAUUAAUGAACUCAUAAGGUUUGAUCACGUGUAUACAAAACCCCUGGUAGUGGAGAUUCCUGUUGAAGUGGCCAACCAAACCAAUAUGCUAGUGAAAAUUGAGAAAGAAAAUCUCUCUUCAUCUGACAACAA